UCGGAAGCGACGUGUUAAGCUAAACAAGCCGGGAGUCGCUGGUGGGUAAUAGGCCUCCCCGUGCUGCUGAAGGACAUACGAGUGUUUGUCGCUUGCAGGAUGGAGAGGUGUCGCUCUGCUCCGGAUUAUGUCCGACGAUCCAGCCUGACCUGCAAGUUUCUAAGGGAGAAAGACAGGGACCGAAAUGAAUAUCCACAGUUACACUAUCCAGAGCUUUAUAUUUUACAUGGUGGAUAUAAAGAAUUCUUCCAGAAAUGCAAGACCUACUGUAGCCCGCAGAGCUACCGCCCCAUGAACCACGAGGACUAUAAAGAAGACCUGAGAAAGUUCCGCAGGAAGAGCCGGACAUGGGCGGGGGAGAGACGCAAGAGAGAACUGUACAGUCGGCUGAAGAAACUAUGAAACUCCGUGUUUGCACAAUUGUGACUUUCCAAUCACAGAGCAGCUGCACGAGCCACGGAGAUAAAACUCAUCAUGAAACUAAACCUCUUCGGUGCUCCUGUUCUGCUUAGUUUUCUUUGCACAUGAACCUUUCCCUGGAGGUGUCGUAUUAAUUCUAUCAUUCAGCAGUCGUAUCAAUGCGGAGAGUUCUGCACUGCACUGACCAACCGAUAGAAAACUUGCAAAGGUUUCUGUUUGGGUGAGAAUAUAAUGGAGUAUAAACGUCGAUCCCAGAGGUACAAAGUGAAGCCACAGAAUUCCUUAUACUAAAGGUAACAAUGUAGGCUUGUCUGUUGCUCGAUGCACCUGUUACAUUCCUUAUCAUUCAAUCUCACUGACACAACUUCUCUCCCUGCCCAACGCAACAACUCAAAUACAUUUUAAACGGAUUUCCUGCAACUCUGCAUCUUUUCCUAGGAUCUGUUGCAGUCGAACACAGAGCAGGGCUUUGAGGCCUCCCAGUGCAUCUGGAUGUUCUGUUCACUCUUAUCUCCAUUUUAUAGCUGUUUUUAUGAUUCUUUAAAAUUAUUAACUUUAUUUUCUCAAUUUUGAGAAGCUUCUUCCUUUUAAUCAUGGAUUUGCACGACGAGAAAUGUUUUAUACAUUUUUUUUUAAUUAAGAUUUUUUUUUAUUAUUAUUUAAUGUAUUAUUUUGGAAUGUGGUUCCCUUCACCCCAGAGCUGAGUUGAGCUUCCAGGGAAAGGUAUAGGUACUGGUUCAAUAAACAAGGCCAGCAGAAGAGGGAACCUUGAAGGAUGCAGGAUGGUUGGGGUGUCAGUAUGGAUAGUGAUGAAAUGGAUAUGUGAUGUCCAACCUGCAACCCUCAUCUAUUUUACAUUCACUUAUUUUAAAGGUUUACUUAUCCUUUCAACAACUGUCAGCAUUGAGGCCCAGCACAAAUGUACUUGCCCACCUUGUGGCCCCAUUAUCAGGUGUUUGAGCCGGUGUGGUGAUUUAGGGGGGCCUAGAAAACUGACAGAUUAAUUUUUAUCUGUUUUUAAAUGGAGUGACGACAAUGUUUGUGGUGUUUUAAUAUUCAGUUUACGUUUAACCUUACACUUACACGUUUUAUGUAAAGCAUUUUAUGCUCAAAAAAAUAUAGGCAAUUGGAUCCAUAUCCAAGGUUGAGCAUGUGACCGUACAACUCACGGCCCUCGCCAGGGAUUUCUGACCUUUCACUGCCAAAACUCCCUGAGUAUAUCUGUCUCUUUAUUUGAUUUGUACCUGUAACAUGGCACCUUGACCUAACAACCCGUUGCACUUUCACACUGAGUGGUUGUUGAACUAGAAUGUGCAGAGAGUGAUGGAGGGAAGUCACUGACAGGAUAAUCCAUGUGACAGUUGGGUCCGUCCCACUGAGUUCCUUAUGGAAACCUAUAUUUGUAUAAAUGUGACAAUCUUGUGUUAUUCUUGUUACAAGGUUUGUCCUGUAGGAAACAUCCUAUUUGUAAAGCUGCUUUUUCUUCCCACUACAGGAAAAUAAACUGCCUUUUUAAAACCCUAA